AUGGCGACCACAGAGCGCAGAUCGGACGCCGCCGGCGAUCAGAGAGCAGGAGGAUCUACCCAGAAUUACUGGGUUUCUAGGAAGGAACCCGUGAAGCGCGUUGUUUCAUUUCAAGGUGUUGGAAGAACCCUUGGAGGAAACAGUUCUGCAGUAUCUGAGCAUACUGUUCCUGCUCCUCUGAAUUCUGCCCCGCCUCCUUGUACUGGGCUGGUUGUGGAUCAGAGCCAACCAUUAACUCCAAUUCAGCUCAGGUUAGUAGAUGGGACUCGUAUGGUGGCUCAUUUUAACUACAAUCACGCAAUUAAUGAUAUUGGGACCUUCAUUGAUGCCUCACGACCAGGAGGAAGUAGAACUUACCAGCUUCAGACUGUCGGGUUUCCUCCCAAACCGCUCAAUGAUCUGAACCAAACAAUAGAGCAAGCUGGCCUUGCUAACUCAGUUGCAAUGCAGAAACUUUAA